AAAAAAAAAAAAAAAGAAAUUAAAUAGAAAACCCGGAUUGUCCAAAUCGACUUCAUUUGAACAUCUUUUUAUUUUACAUUUUUAAACUUCCUUCUCUCGAUCUGCAAUUUCUUAUCAAAUCCCCCCCCCCCCUCUCUCUCUCUCUAUUUAGAUAUCGCCAUCGACAAGUUCCCUUUAGAAGUCGUCGUUUUAUUUGUUCACCGAAAAUCCUCGGGUAGAUCUUCGAUGGCCUGCCACUGAAGCUGUACGCCGCUGACUACGACGCCGGUUUAGUUGUGAGAGAUUGUCUAUUAAGUAGUAGACGUAGCCAUAUUAUUGAAAACCAUGGGUACUGAAAACCCUGGUCGUCCGAAUUUUCCCAUGAGACCUUCCUCUACCCCCUUUGCUUCUGCUCCCCCAACUAUGACACCUUUUUCAUCAUCUGGACCUGUGGUGGGAUCAGAAGCGAGCAAUUUUAGACCUACUCCACUAGGUGCUCCCCCAACUAUGACGCCUUUCUCAUCAGCUGGACCUAGCCCACCUGCUCGUUUUAGUGAUUCAUCAGUUCCAUCUCCACCCAUAACAUCUGUCCCACCUGCUGGGGGGCCUUAUCAGCGAUUUCCAACACCGCCAUUUCCUUCAACAGCUCAAACUCCCCCUACUCGUGCACCACCUGUGGGGCAGCCACCAUUUCAACCUCCGGCAAGUCAAGUAGCAGCUCCACCAGUUUCUUUCCAGCCACCGACACAAGUACCGCCAGUGCCAAUGGGAUCUCCACCACAAACUGUAAAUUUUCGUCCAUCCAGUGUGAUUGCUUCUCAACCUCCAUCAGAUUCAUUGUUUUCAGGGCCUCGACCCAAUUUUCAGCCAACUUUCCCCCCUCCAGAUUUAUCUCAUUCUGCUACCAAAUCCACUUUCCAGCCACCUUUUCCUGGAUAUCCAAGCAAGCAGGCUGCAGUUUCACAAGCACCAUCACCUUUUCCUGCUCAGCAAGGAAGUUUUAUGCCUCCUCCACCAGCAUCAUCUUCUCCCUUUUCUAGUCGGCAAGGAAGUUAUGUUCCUCCUCCACCAGUAGCAGCUCCCUUGGGCUACCAAUCAAGGGACCAAAUGCAACAUCCGGGUUCUGCACCUCCUAUUGGCAGCAUCCAAAGCUUGACAGAAGAUUUUAGUUCACUCUCUCUUGCAUCUAUGCCUGGAUCAAUUCAGCCAGGACUUGAUUAUAGAACACUUCCUAGGCCAUUGGAUGGUGAUGUGGAGCCAAGUUCUUUUGUUGAGAUGUAUCCUAUGAAUUGCGAUCCUAGAUAUCUAAGGCUUACUACAAGUGCUAUACCAAAUUCCCAGUCUUUAGUUUCAAGAUGGCAUUUGCCUCUUGGAGCUGUUGUUUGUCCUCUUGCAGAGGCUCCUGAAGGGGAGGAAGUGCCAGUAAUUAAUUUCGCUUCAACUGGUAUUAUUCGUUGUAGAAGAUGUCGCACUUAUGUGAAUCCCUUUGUCACAUUUACUGAUACUGGAAGAAAGUGGCGCUGCAACAUCUGUUCUUUACUAAAUGACGUUCCUGGUGAAUAUUUUGCCAAUUUGGAUGCUACUGGCAGAAGGAUUGAUUUGGAUCAGCGGCCUGAGCUUAUAAAAGGCAGUGUGGAAUUUGUUGCACCAACUGAAUACAUGGUGCGGCCUCCAAUGCCACCACUGUAUUUUUUUCUCAUUGAUGUUUCAAUAUCUGCAGUAAGAAGUGGUAUGAUUGAGGUUGUUGCUCAAACCAUACGUUCAUGUUUGGAUGAGCUGCCUGGUUUCCCCAGAACACAGAUUGGUUUCAUUACUUUUGAUAGCACAGUUCAUUUUUACAAUGUGAAGUCAUCUCUUUUGCAGCCUCAAAUGAUGGUAGUUUCAGAUCUGGAUGAUAUGUUUGUCCCAUUGCCAGAUGAUCUCCUUGUCAACUUGUCUGAAUCGAGAAAUGUGGUUGAAACAUUCCUGGAUAGCUUGCCUUCUAUGUUUCAGGACAGUGUGAAUGUGGAAUCUGCUUUUGGUCCUGCACUUAAGGCAGCAUUCAUGGUUAUGAGUCAACUUGGAGGAAAGUUGCUAAUUUUCCAGAACACAUUGCCUUCACUGGGAGUUGGGCGCUUGAAGUUGCGUGGAGAUGAUCUUCGUGUCUAUGGAACUGAUAAGGAACAUAUAUUGAGAUUACCUGAAGAUCCCUUCUACAAGCAAAUGGCUGCUGAUCUUACAAAGUACCAGAUAGGGGUUAAUAUUUAUGCUUUCAGUGACAAAUACACUGACAUAGCUUCCUUAGGAACCCUGGCAAAAUAUACUGGAGGUCAAGUAUAUUAUUAUCCGAGCUUUCAAUCAGGCAUUCACGGAGAGAAGUUGAGGCAUGAAUUAGCCAGAGAUCUCACUAGGGAAACAGCCUGGGAAGCAGUUAUGCGCAUAAGAUGUGGAAAAGGGAUUCGAUUUACAUCUUAUCAUGGGAACUUUAUGCUGAGGUCCACAGAUCUAUUAGCACUUCCAGCUGUAGAUUGUGAUAAAGCAUAUGCAAUGCAGUUAUCCCUUGAGGAGACACUGCUGACAACUCAGACAGUAUAUUUCCAAGUCGCUUUACUAUACACUGCAUCCUGCGGAGAGAGGCGUAUCAGAGUACUUACUGCAGCUGCCCCUGUUGUUACAGAUCUGGGGGAGAUGUACCGCCACGCUGACACUGGUGCCAUUAUUUCUUUGUUUUGUAGAUUAGCAAUUGAGAAAACUUUGACCAAUAAACUGGAAGAUGCUAGAAAUUCUUUGCAACUAAGGAUUGUAAAAGCACUCAGAGAAUACCGCAAUCUCUAUGCUGUGCAGCAUCGCUUGGGAGCUAGGAUGAUUUAUCCAGAGUCUCUAAAGUUUUUGUGUUUGUAUGGAUUAGCACUCUAUAAAUCAGUACCUCUGAAAGGAGGAUAUGCUGAUGCUCAGCUUGAUGAACGCUGUGCAGCAGGUUUCACCAUGAUGGCAUUACCUGUUAAAAAGUUGUUGAAGCUUUUAUAUCCUAGCUUGAUUCGAGUUGAUGACCAUCUUUUGAAGCCAUCUGCUCAAGCUGAUGAUUUCAAAAACAUUAUGAAGAGAUUGCCUUUGGUUGCAGAAAGCCUAGAUUCAAGAGGCCUUUAUAUAUAUGAUGAUGGCUUCCGCUUUGUUAUAUGGUUUGGUAGAAUGCUUUCACCUGAUAUAGCUAGGAAUUUACUCGGGGCAGACUUUGCAGCAGAAUUAUCAAAGGUUACCCUUAGCGAGCAAGAUAAUGAAAUGUCAAGAAGGCUGAUGAGGACAUUGAAGAAACUAAGAGAGAGUGACCCUUCCUAUUAUCGACUUUCUUAUCUUGUAAGACAAGGUGAGCAACCCAGGGAAGGUUUGCUGCUUCUUGUAAAUCUUCUUGAGGACCAGAUGGGCGGUCCAAGUGGUUACGUUGAUUGGAUAAUGCAAAUACACCGGCAAGUCCAGCAAAAUGCAUGA